ACCGGCGAUGAGCUAGAAGUGGAUGACUUGAAUACAGAGAUCUUUGGCGAAGUUGGAGAAGUGGAUCAGUUGGACAAAAACAAAUCCAAUAAACUAAAAGCCACUGAAAUAACGGAUAUCGAUAUUCUGGCCACGAGUUUUGUAUUUUUCGUGGCCGGAUAUCAGACCACAGCCCGUCUACUAACGUAUCUCACCUAUAGUUUGGCUUUGAAUCCCGAAUGUCAACAAAAACUGUACGAAGAAGUGCACAGUUUUGACGGAAAGUAUGAUUACGAGAGUAUAUCUAAAAUGCCGUAUUUGGAGGCCUGUGUCGCAGAAACACUCCGACUCUAUAAUCCAUUGGCCGGUGUCAGCAGAAUUGCUAACGAGGAAUAUACUAUUGGUUUGUAUUAUUCCCCCUUCAUAAGAACCCCGAUUACUAACCCGAACCCGGAUCGUUGGGACCCUGAGCGUUUUAUGCCCGAAAAUCGCGAUCAAUUAGUGCCGUAUACUUAUAUGCCGUUCGGAAUGGGACCCCGAAAUUGUGUGGGAAUGAGGUUUGCCUUAAUGGAGGCCAAAACAACCGCUGCUUAUUUGGUGAACAAAUUCAAAUUUGUGCGAACGGACAGAACUAGUGUUCCCCUCAAACCACUUAAAUUUCAAUUCAUUUACACCACUGGAGACGUCAACGUAGGCGUAGACACAUUUCUUGGCUCAAAACCUAAUCUUGUGAUAUGUGACCCGCAAUUGAUUAAAGACAUGAAUAUUAAAGAUUUUCACGUCUUCUUCGAUCACAACAACUUUACAACAGGGGAUCCGUUGAACGAUAGGUCGCUCUUUAAUCUGUUUGGCGACGACUGGAAGAAAAUGCGAUCAAUUAUUAGUCCAACAUUUUCGUCGGGAAAGAUGCGGGCAAUGCAUCCAAUUAUUGUCGAUUGUGUCCAUCGAUUGGAAGACUAUUUGGAAAAGAAGUCGAAGAAUGGCGAAGACGUGGAAUUAAAGCAGGCGAUGGGGAAUCUUACUAUGGAUGUGAUCGCUUCGUGCGCUUUCGGCACCAAAACGGAUACACAUAAUGACGAAAACAAUGAGUUUGUUUUAAACGCCCGGAAAGUGUUUCGCGGGAAUUGGAGGAUUUGGGUCUUCUUUCUGGUGUACACAACAUUCCCUAAACUACUCGAAUGGACGGGAUUUCAAAUAACAGAUCCCGGAGUCAAAGACUUUUUCCAAAAAGCGAUCAAAUCGAUUGUCGAAAGACGUAAAUUAGAAAAGACAAAGAAAAGAGAUUAUCUGCAGCUUAUGAUUGACGCCAAGAAUAAAACUUUAGAGACCGGCGAUGAACUAGAAGUGGAUGACUUGAAUACAGACAUCUUCGGAGAAGUGGAUCAGUUGGACAAAAACAAAUCUAAUAAACUAAAGGCCACUGAAAUAACGGACAUCGAUAUUCUGGCCACGAGUUUCUUAUUUUUUGUGGCCGGAUAUGAGACCACAGCCAGUCUACUAACGUAUCUCACCUAUAGUUUGGCUUUGAACCCAAAAUGUCAACAAAAACUGUACGAAGAAGUGCACAGUUUUGAUGGAAAGUAUGAUUACGAGAGUAUAUCUAAAAUGCCGUAUUUGGAGGCCUGUGUCGCAGAAACACUGCGAAUAUACAAUCCUGUGGCCGGUGUCAGCAGAAUUGCUAACGAAGAAUAUACUAUUGGCGAUAUGGGAAUAACAAUACCAAAGGGAAUGUUAGUUAACUUUAACAUUGAAGCCCUGCAUAAGAACCCCGAGUAUUACCCGAACCCGGAUCGUUGGGACCCUGAGCGUUUUAUGCCCGAAAAUCGUGAUCAAUUAGUGCCGUAUACUUAUAUGCCGUUCGGAAUGGGACCCCGAAAUUGUGUGGGAAUGAGGUUUGCCUUAAUGGAGGCCAAAACAACCGCCGCUUAUUUGGUGAACAAAUUCAAAUUUGUGCGAACGGACAGAACUAGUGUUCCCCUCAAACCACUUAAAUUUCAAUUCAUUUACAGCACUGGAGACGUCAACGUAGGCGUAGAUUAUUUGACCCGAAAUUUUAAAUACUGGUCCUCGCGUGGGAUCGACGGCCCGAAACCAAUCGUAGGUUUUGGCACUUUAUACCAGAUUUUUUUCAAACCAUUGACUGAUGUCAAUACCGAGAACUUCAAGAAAUAUGGAAAGAUCUAUGGUACAUUUCUCGGCACUAAACCCGUACUUAUGAUCGCAGACCCGGAACUCACUAAAGAGAUGAAUAUCAAAGACUUUCAUCUAUUUGUCAACCGAAACGACUUCGUAACCGGAGAUUCACUGAACGACAGAUCAAUGUUUAAUUUAAUGGACGACGAGUGGAAGAAUAUGCGAUCAAUUAUAAGUCCAACAUUUUCGUCCGGAAAGAUGAAAGCAAUGCAUCCCAUAAUCGUUGACUGCACGCAGAGAUUGGAGGAGUAUUUGGAGAAGAAGGCGGUGACCGGCGAAGAGGUGGAGAUGAAGAUUAGAUAA